CAUUGUGGGGUAUGGAGUUUUAUUCAGUUAGUUCAAGUAAAUGUUUGAGCUGGGUUUGAUUACAAACAAAGACAAACAGUCGUGGCACGUCAAUAAAAUAACUUUUCAUUGACCAAAUAAUGACAAGCUUGUUAGAAGUAUCCGGUGUUGUUCAUAACCAGGAAGUACGGUCAGGGUGUCACGUGAUCAUGUAAAGAUGGCCGCAGUGAUGUGGCGUUCUCGUUGGCGCAACUAUGAAGAAGAGCUGCAGAGGACCCGUCUUGAGGCGGCUCUACUGGAAGUGGCUGACUACCAUCCUCUUAAACCUAUAUUGGUGACAGACACCAAAGCCCGCCGUGGCACUCGCAAAGGCAGCACCUCUUCCUCGUCCUCCUCCUCUUCUUCUGUCGCCCCGGACCCACUCAGUUCCAUGUUGGAUGGAACCGAUCCACUGUCCAUGUUUGCAGCCGCCUCUGCCAGCGAGACUCCAUCGACGAUGCACAGUGCAGGGGACUCGGUAAAGAAGAAGGGGGAAAAGGAGAUACAGGCAGUGGGACCAGACUUUGAGCCCUGGUCAAUGAAGAGAGGAGAGAUCCUGGCAAGGUUCACCACCACUGAAAAACUCUCAAUUAAUCUAUGCAUGGGCUCCGAGAGAGGAAAUUCCCAAACUCCUGGAUCGUCUGCUGUCUCUGAGAAAGUUCGCACUCGCUUGGAAGAACUAGAUGAUCUAGAAGAGGGAUCCCAGAGAGAGCUGCUGAAUCUCUCCCAGCAGGAAUAUGCCAACCGUAUAGAGGAGUUGAAUCAGUCCCUGAAAGAGGCCUGGGGCUCGGACCAGAAGGUCAAGGCUUUGAAGAUUGUAAUCCAGUGCUCCAAGCUUCUAUCUGACACCUCUGUGAUCCAGUUUUACCCCAGCAAGUUUGUUCUCAUCACUGACAUACUUGACACCUUUGGCCGACUUGUGUACGACAGAAUAUGGAGCAUGUGUUCAGACCCAAGGCCUUUACCAGACACAUUCACAGUUGACGAUGUUAACGACACAGCCAAGGAGACGUGUCUCAACUGGUUUUUCAAGAUUGCCUCCAUUAGAGAACUAUUGCCCAGACUAUAUGUCGAAGCAUCCAUCCUUAAGUGCAACCGCUUUCUGAACAAAUCUGGUAUUCAGGAGACUCUCCCACGUCUGACUGCCAUGAUCAGAGGGAUUGGGGACCCACUGGUGGCGGCUUACACUAGAGCUUACCUCUGCAGGGUGGGCAUGGAGGUCGCCCCCAGCUUGAAAGACAGCUUGAACCGAAACUUCUUUGACCUGCUCGGAACCUUCCGUCAGAUAAGCGGGGAGAGCGUUCGCAACCAGCUGCUCACGCAGAGGGUGGAGAUGCCUGAAUAUCUGACUCUUUAUUCCCCUGCCAUCAACUGGAUCUUGCAGUGUAGUGCUGACAGUGCCCCAGAACCUCUCCUAACAGAGAUGAUGGAGAGAUGCAAAAAGCUAGGAAACAAUGCCUUGCUUUUGAAUUCAGUAAUGAGGGCAUUCAGGCCGGAGUUUGUCGCCACCAGAGCCACUGACUUCAUCGGCAUGAUAAAAGACUGUGACGAGGCCGGGUUCCCCAAACAUUUGUUAUUCGGAUCUUUGGGUCGCUGCCUGGCUGUUGCUGACCCUCCAGAAUCCGAGAGGCUGACCAUCCUAAAUGAAGCCUGGAAAGUCGUCACCAAAGUCCGCAGUCCUCGGGACUACGUCAACUGUGCUGAGAUCUGGAUGGAGUUCACCUGCAGACAUUUUACGAAACGUGAGGUCAACACGGUUCUGGCAGACAUCAUCAAACACAUGACCCCUGACCGGGCCUUUGAGGAUGCCUACCCGCAGCUGCAGUCCGUGAUCAGGAAAGUACUCGCCCACUUCAAUGACUUCUCUGUCCUCUUCUCCAUGGAGCGUUUCCUCCCAUUUCUGGACAUGUUCCAGAAAGACGGUGUGAGGGUGGAGGUCUGCAGAUCCAUCAUGGAUGUCUUCAUCAAACACCAGCUGGAGCCUACCAGAGACCCGGUCAUCCUCAACGCCAUGAUGCACAUCUGCAAGACCAUGCAUGAUUCUGUCAAUGCUCUCACUCUUGAGGAUGAAAAAAGAUCCCUUUCUCUGCUGAUCAUCAGCUUUAUGCGCUUGGUGUCCUUCGGCCGUGACUUUGAGCAGCAGUUGAGUUUCUGUGUGGAGGCCAGAGCAACAUUCUCUAACCUAGAACCAGUGCUGGUGCAGCUCAUUCACGCGGUGAACCAACUGGCCAUGGAGACCAGGAGGGUGAUGAGGGGCAGCCACUCCCGCAAAACAGCCGCAUUCGUCCGGGCGUGUGCUGCCUACACUUUUAUUACCAUCCCGUCACUCAGCAGCAUCUUUAGUCGCCUUAACCUUUAUCUGCUGUCUGGUCAGGUAGCGUUGGCCAACCAAUGUCUUUCACAGGCGGAUGCCUUCUUAAAGGCGGCGGUCAGUCUUCUUCCAGAGGUUCCACGCUCCAUCAGUGUGGAGGGCAAGCUUCGCUCCGCCGAGAGUUUCACGCUCGACUUCGUCAACAACUUCCUCUCAACCCUUCUUGUUGUCCCGGAUCACCCUGAGCACGGCGUGCUCUACUUGGUCCGCGGCCUGCUCAACAUGGUGCAGGAUUACACCUGGGAGGACAACAGCGACGCUAAAGUGCGGGUCUACAUCGGCGCCCUGCCCCUGCUGGCCGCCAUGAGUCAAGAAACUUAUCUCUACACCAUUCCAAAAAUGGAGUCCAAUGAGAGUCUUUAUGGAGGGGAUCCAAAGUUCCUGUCAGAAAUCAACAAGCUGUGUGAGACCUUGAUUGGGCAAAUCCUGGACCACCUCAAGGUCCUCGGCCGAGAAGAGAGCACGCGCCGCCAAGGCGGUCUUGCCUUCUCCCUCUUCGGCGUCCUGCUCUCCCACGGCGACCUGAGGAACAACAAGCUGAGCCAGCUGGCCGUCAACCUGUGGAACCUCAGCCACAAACACGGAUACUGUGACACGCGUAUUUCUGUUCGGACUCUGGAGUACAUGAAGCAUCAAGCUGCACAAGCCGACAUGGCUCACCUGUCCGACACAGUGCAGAGGCUCGCGUUGCAGUCCCGCACAUAAACACCAACAAGUACAUUUAUUUUUAAUAAUCAUUUUUAAAAAGCCCGCUACACAUCCGGUAUAUCAUGGUGUCAGGCACAAAACAAUCUCACUUAAAAUUAGGUUGGUUUGACUGAAAGCAAUUAUGUUUGCCAAUAUUAACAAGCAAUGUUUCUUUUAAAAUUGUCAUUAAUAUCAUGUAGUGCUAUUCUAUUUAUAGAUCAUUUGAGCUAAUCUUGCUCAAGUAUGAGAUCAUGUGUACUAUUGCCAAAUGUGUCUUUUGAUGUCAUAGUUGUUUAUAAGCUACAAGGUACAAUAAAGAAAUGGACAGGACAAGAUUUGUU